AUGGAGACGCAACUUAGGGUCACGCUUAGAGUCACGCAGGCUGUCAAUCACCUCCUGCCGCCACUGAUCAUUUCCUUCUAUCACCGCGAGUACUCGAAGAUCUUCUCUGAGUACUCAUCACAGGCUACCACGGAUUCGGCCCUCCCCGAACAGCGCCAGUCAUCGAUCACGCAGCAUAACAGUUCAACAGCCUCUAACGCAGGCAUCAAGCAUACCAGCAUAUGGCGAAGCUUAGAAGUCGAAAGAUAUAGCUUCACUAGAGCUGUCCGAGUUUGGAGGACGCUCCCCACAGGGCGCGAAGUGGAUACAACAUCGUCCGUGCUUGCGGACGAUUUGUUAAGUGAUCUUGUCCAAAAUGCUGCCAGUCUUCGCGAGCGGAAGAUGAUCAAUUGUUCCCGGGGAUACAACGUCGAUACAUUCGAACGCGACCGACUGCGCGGCCGUAUAUCCUCUCUUCAGCAACAGGAAACCCUGCGCCCGUCGGCGUACUCAUACGGCUCAGGAAACGAGGAGAUACCAAGCAUUGGACUCUAUCCUCCUCCACAUGUUCCUGGGAGAAUCACACAGCCAGGAGCGUACAUCAGCGAGAUCGGCAAGGUUAUGAGUCAACAUGCGAGUUCUAGGCAGGAGGACGAGCGGAUCCGCAAUGUGACGAGAAACAGUUCAAGUAAGACAUCUCGACAUCCAUUUUCAUCAAUGCUAACUACUCGCGAAUUGGCGGGUGGACUAGACAAUCAGCAGACCGUCCUAUUGCCUACGCGCAUGACUACGACAGAUGAAAUGGUACAGAUUCCUGCACGAUCACGCUCCCGAUCGCCUACGGACCUGUCUGAAACUUUCACCUCCCCUGCUCAUGCGGGUAGACUACACAAUCGACAGAUCCUCGGUGUGUUCCAGCAAAGCGCGACUAGAGGCGGGUUUCAUGCAGGACUUCAGCGUUCAACUCGAUUUCGGUCUCAAUCGCCUGCGAGCCUACCUGCCACGUCCGACAUCCCUGCUCACCAUAAAACAAUACAGAUAGGUGGACACUCUGUUGUGGAGACUGGGUCCUCAGCACGCUUGCCGGUUACCACGGGAAACUUUUCCGUAGACAACCAAUUCAGUCAAGCGGCCGCAAGCCUCAUUUCGCCCAAUAUCCACGCGACCGGCCAUCUCUCACGAAGUCCCUCUCGCGACCUCCCUCAGAAAUCGGACAGUCGCCCUUCUAUGAGGGUUGGGUCGAAAGGGCUCAUGCCGAUCAUGGAGGAUCCACGCGCAGAAUCGGUUGUGACGGCAGGCCAAAGACGAGGUACGCCUUUCAGAAGCGUCGAUCAAGUAUCGAGCAAGGCAGACGUCCGCGCACAAUACGGUAGCAAUUCUGAUGGACCUGCCCCAGAAGGAAGGGUUGCCGACACUGAAUGGAACUCCUACGACGACGAUGACGAUGAUGACGGCGAUGGAGGCGACAACGCCACCAUACUGAAAGAGUUCGAGCUCAUAGACUCCUCUUUUCAGGCUGUCGCAAAAUGUUUGAACAUAUCCUUGGGGGACGUGCUUGCGCGCUAUGACACCUACCGACUGGACUCAGAGGAGGAGCAGCUUGCGUACAAACUCUAUGAAGGCUACUAUUCGGAACACGUCAUGGAAGAAUCCAGCCGAGUGCCCGCAGCCACGAAUGACAACGAGAGCAAUGACACUGAUCACAUAUGCAACUGUUGGCGACAAUUCCGACGCACCCAUCCUAUGACGUGGCCAUCUAUCAUCAAGCUUGAAGACAGAAUGUCCGACAUCGCCAUUGAUGGCAAUGCGCCUCAAGAACGCGAGCAUCUGUCAAAUUACUUCACGCAAAAGCUGACAUCCUUGCUCAACGCUCUUGCUGAGAAUCACGGAUUGCAUUCCGUGCUGAUCAUGGCUGGGAAUAACAUCGUGAAGGAUGGCGGGAUAGGAAUGGCGUACGAAUCGUCGGAAAGUGAGGGAUUCCUAUGCAAGCUCACCCACGCGUCAACCGAUGAAGCCAUUGGGCAUCUCAAAGCUCAUGUCUGGCAUAAUCACUCUACCGCUUGUCUGGAGAAGAUCUAUGCGCAUCGGAUACUACAUGGAGCUCCAGAACCAGGCUUUGACCAACUGCCUGCCGAAGCUCCUGCAAACGCAGGUGAACAGGCUGAUUUUGACGAACCCGUUGUUGAUGACUUCCCUGUCAAUUUGGAUACGCUCCUCAGCCAGAUCAAGGAGAACAUAAAGAUAUUGCUUCGAGACCAUCAGAUCACGUAUACGAAAAAGUUCCCUUGGGUGACGCUCUUGCGUUUGCUUGCUGAGAAUCAUCUCGUCUGUGAGAACUGGCCGGAAAAGGUCCACUAUCCUGGGCAAUGGGGAACGAGCAAAGGUAUACAAGAGCUGAACGGAGACGAGAGGCAAACUCUGUGGCGUGCGCUUACACAGGGUGCUGAGGAGCGGCGUGUUAGAAUUCGGAAGCGUGAACUACAUGAAGUUCACGGCGUGGAUGAAGUUCUCGUCAUGCUGGGCGAAUCUCCCUCCGGACCUGGUGAAAGAGGAUUGCGCGUGUUCAUCUCCUUGCCAGGCUUCCAAACGAAGGUUGACUGGCUCGGUCUACAAAACGGACAGUUGCGUAACGACUCUGAGCAGGAGCGGUCAGAUAUGCGAAAACGGAAAUUGGAUAUAGACGAUGUUCCAAUCAAAAGGGUUCGAUACUCGGUUGUUUCUCAAGGAGGGGUUCAACAUGAGAUCUUGCCGUCAGAUGACAUUGACGAGGACGGGGUGUCCUCGGAAUGUAACGAACUGCCGACUGAUGACAUACAACUUGACGAAGCCGGCGUCGCCAAUGUCAUUCAGUCUUCUUUGGCGCUUUCGAAUGCGUCGAGCAAAGCAAAAGCGCUGGAUUCAGAAGUGGAAUUUACACACUCUGAAGGAAAGCGGCGACAAAUCGACGAAGGAUCUGACAUGACGUCGGGGCCGGGGUCAUUCGAGGCACGGGCAAAACAUGAAGCCGGAGAACAUACACGCUCUGCAAGAAAGCGGCGACAAGUCGAUGAAGGAUCUCACACGAUGUCGGGAGAGACGCGAGCAUACCAUAACGUCGGCACACUCUUGACUCAUGUCCAACCGCCGACACCCGCGAAGCCUCUAGCUGCAGUCAGCUCAGGGCUCAGCAAGUCCGUCACCUCCCAGCAAUCGAUUGGGGCGAGUCAUGGAGCUGCUAUAAUGGAGAGGGCACCCUCUGGUUCUACCCAGUCAGCGGGGCGGGAUGCACAAGCCAUACAGGAGGACGUCAAGGACCGGAAUGACUCCUCGGAGCUCUCUCGUCCAAGUUAUGCGCACCCAAUUGGGUCUGUUCACCACGGGACGGAGCACUACGCUGACGAUUGGGACGGGAGGCAUGGCAUUCUGGGAACUAGCACCGGGAAUAUCAUAUCCACCCCGCACAUGCCCGUCACAACUGCUGGCCAUGCAGAAGCUGCAGUGCCUUUACCUGACAACUCGCACCACGACACCGUAUUCAAUAUGGGGACGCCUUAUGCGAAUGUAACCGCGCCUACGCAGCUGGAGCUAGGUCGAAGCUAUGUCCGGUACCCGCAGGAGGUCCUAGAUCUGGCCGAGCAGGUUUGGGUCUUGAGGAACAUGGGAGUCCUUGCAACUGCAGCUCGUGGUACGAGGCCCGAACAUGAAUCCAGUGGCGGCAUUGUUCCGGAAGGGACCUUUAGCAGCGAGUACAAUGCUUUCUUGUCGCGUCUACCUGAAGAACCACUUCAGAAAGAUUUAGAGCUCGACAGUCUCUUUCAAUUCUAG